AAACAAAAUGACAAAUUUAUUUCAACCACACUCGUGGUUUCCAACAAUUUAUGUUUUCAACUUUUCCUAGCAUUACGCUGUACUAAAGAUUUAACUUUGUUCGUUGAAUUUUUUAAUAACACAUGUUGAUUUUAAAACUCGAAUGGAAAACGCAGUAAACUGUGCUUGUAUUGUUGGCAGGCAUAUAACUUUUCAACCAUUAUCUCAGACAAUUCGUAAAGAAAUUGCGGACGUAUAAAAAUAAUUAAAUAUUUUUCUGUAAAUUGUGAAUAACUUGAAAGAAAUACAAUAACCAAUUCGCAAUCUUACUAAAAUAAAGGUAACAGAAAAUUAAAAUAUUUAAAGAGGAAACCGAAAUGGAUUCAAGCGAUUUAAGUGAUUCGAGUGAUUCCAGCAAAUCGAGCAAUUCAUCGAAUGAGAGUAUAGUGUCGAUUAUAUGGAAUGCACCUAAAAUAAAAGUAGCUGAAUCAAGCGAUUUAAUUGAUGAAAUAACUUCUGAAGAAUCCGAAACGACUGACGACUGCGAUAAGGAACAGCUCAGUAAAGAAGCUCUAGAAAUUAAAAUAACUGAUUCAUCAGUAACAAUUGAAAUAGCGAAACCGAAUGAGGCAAUAGAUGAAAACCCAAUUAAAGUAUCAGCAAUAAAUGAUGAUAUAAACGUAAGCACAAACCGUGAAGAAGUUCGACAAAUUCCAGCAACAAAAGAUAUUACAGAAUCGGGAAAACAGCAAAAAAUUUGUGCAGUAACCUCGAUAAAUGUUCCCCAUGUGUGGGAAGCAGGUCGUGGAAUUUGUGAGGCUCUCGGUUUGGAAGUGGUAAAUGAAAUAGUGACGGAAAAGAAAGAAACCGUUCAAUGUGAUCCGGCCAAACUAGAAGCUGAGGAAGCUAAAAUGAAAGACAUUGAACUGGCCAGAACACUAGAGAAACGCGAAAGUUCGAAUGCAUUUUAUGACGCUGAUGCAAGCAAGUCAUCUGAGAAUAAUUUCCCAAAUGCAUCUGAUGCAUCUGAUGCAUUAGAAGUUCAGGAAGAAGAUGAAACAAAUAGUAUGCAUUCAGAAACUGAUACAUUGACCAUGACAGACGAGGCUACGGCAAUCGAUACAUCAACAGAUACGGCAUCAAGUGUAUAUUUAUCUGAAGAUGGCAUGAGUCUCUCACUCGAUGACGAAAUGACGAUGACGACAAUUGAUGACAAAAAUAUUGGGGAUAAAUCUGGAAGUUGGCCACGUUAUUUCAAUGAAAUGAACUAUAAACCCAUGGAGUCGCAAUCAUAUAAAAACAUUGAUUUGGCAGCAGCCCAGAAAAUCUGGAAAACCUUCAAAGAUGAAGACUACGUCAAUGGAUUUGAAAAUAAAAAUACUCGUGUCCCUCUUCGACCAUUUUUCACAUAUAUGAAAGCACCUGAAGACAAGGGCCAAGUGCUAAUCGCACCACCGAAAAUCACAUUGGAACACAUUGUUAGCGAGAUGCUGGAAAAUAAUUAUGGCGCCUAUAUGCAUGUGGAGAUUGGAAAACAUGUCUUCGAUUGCAUACCCAGACUGCUGAAGAUUUAUUCGAAGUGGUUUGAAAGACUCAACAGGAACGUCAUUGAAGUUAUGCUCGACGAACACGAUGUGCCGUCCAAAGGUUUUCGAGCGAUCUACAAAUGGAUGCGCACUCAGAAGACGAUCAAAAAGAAACAUUUGGUCAAGGCAAUGCAAGGAGCCAAAUAUUUGCAAAUCGAUACACUAGAGAUGGAGUUGUGGGAUCUCUUGAGUGAUCCCGAAAUACGCGAGAGGGCGGCAUUUGAUCUGUUCGCGAGUGCCGGCAAUCUGAGCCUUCUUGAUGAUUUCCGUCCUCUGAUGGCGGGUCGCGUUCGCAACUAUUUCUUGCCUCUUGUCGCCAGCGAUGAUUUCGUAAAACUUCAGCCACAACAGUUGAUUGUUUUGCUUAAAGCGACCACACUUGGUGUCAAUUCGGAAAUUGAAGUGCUAUACGCGGCAGUGCGUUGGAUACUCCACAGAACCCAAGAUCGUCUGCCUCAUAUGCAAGAAGUCAUGCAGUCGCUGCGAUUCAUCUAUAUGCCAAUGGGAUUUUUGUUUUCUCUACGCGGUGGUACGCUAGGGAAGGCAACCGAUGACAUCAAUACGCCAGACUAUGUGCUCUUGGAGUUUAGCAAGGAUCGCAUAUUACAAAAUCGUUUAUCUGAAGCCAUGUCCUUUAUAGGCAUGGAUAUGCAGGGUGAUGAGGAGACGGACACGGAUAGCGAGGGCUUUGGAAAGCGAGCACUGGCCAGGAAACAGGAGUCACCUCGUCGCUGGAUUUACUUUCCAAUGUGCAAAUAUCAUAUGCCAUACGUUGUCUAUCCCUAUGCACAUCACUUCAAGUAUGCUCAAUUUAUCGAGUUCAUUAGCUCGAUGCAGUUGGAUUGGAUGGCCGAAGCGAAGUUUGUUAAUUCAGAGCAUGACAUUGAAGCCUGAAAAAGUCCUAAAAUAUUGAUAUGUAAAAUAAAAUAAAGCUUAAAAGAAAUUCAAA